AUGCAUCUUACUCGACAUCUCCUCUCUAAGGCUGCAUGUUCCAUCCCUUGCAACUUCAGUUUUAGUGGCUGCGGCUUUUUGAUCUCGUACCAUUUGGGUGUAGCAAAGGGUCUACAGGAUGCUGGUUACAUUCAGACCAGUUCUAAGUUCGCUGGAGCUUCGGGAGGCGCAAUCGCGGCGUUAAGUCUGGUUGCUAACGCAAGCAUGAGCGACAUUCAUGAGGAGACCAAGACCAUAGCUAAACUGUGCCGCAGUCAAGGCACAUUAUGGAGCCUGGAGGAGCGACUGCGCGCCACUUUCUACGCCAAGUUCAGUGACUUGUCUACCGAGACUCUAGCGCAGCGUCUCACAAUCGCUACGGAAAGGGUGUGGCCGGCAAGAGCGCUGGUGCUGACUAAUCGCUUCUACUCCACAGACGAUCUAUGCGAUGCUCUCAUUGCAUCUUGCUAUGUUCCUUGGUACUUGGCACGACGAGGCAUGUCAAUGUUCCGAGGAGAAUAUCAUAUCGACGGCGGCAUACUUACAUUAGUACCAGAAGUUCCUGGUUACGUCAAAGUGUGUGCGUUUCACGCACACAUCCUACGUCGGUAUGAUUACGAAAUCAGCCCGUCAAUUGAUAAAAAUUUUCCAUUUGCAAUUUGGCAAUUGGCACGCUUUGCGUUGUUUCCCCCGCAGGUGGAAGUGCUGGAUCAACUGUUCGAGUUGGGCCAAAAGUCGGCCUAUAUAUGGGUUGAAAAACAGGUACAAAUUACCGGAAAGAAGUAA